AUGAAUGUACCAUCUAUCACCGGUAAUCCGAUCAAUUAUAUUGUUAAACAAGUUUUAAUUAAUAAAUGUCAAUUAAAUAGCAACUCAACAUCAAAAACCAUCGACACAAAUAUUAAUGAUCAAUUAAGUGUUGGGGCUGAUAUCGAAAUACUAUCAGGAUUUAUUGAAAGUAGUAUUACGAUUGAUAAUAAAUCCUUUACUGAUAUAUCUGAUUCGCUCUAUUCACAAAAAGAUAUUAACCAUACUGUAGCUUCAGUGGCAACCGGUGCACCAUUAGAAGAAGUCUUUAAAUGCAGAUUACCUGAACAAUAUCAUUUUAAUGCAGCAAACAAUUACUCUCACCCUAUUCCGUCAAACGUCCAUCCCCACUCAUACCGUGAACAAGCUCCGGUUACAUCGAGUCAACCGCGAGAAAAUCUCGUUCGAUACAAUUACCAUGAAGAUAAUGAAGGUUUGAUCAAUCGACAAAUCAAUACGAAAUUAUAUGCUAGUUAUGUUUGCACGACUAUGGUGUAUCAUUUCGAUCGUUGUGUUGGUGCUUUAGAGGGUGAAAAGAAAUAA